AUGUACAGAACACAAAAAUCCAGACAAAGUAAUACCUACAAUACUAUGCAUUUCUACGAAGAAUAACUAGCAGGAAGUAUUUUUGGUUCGCGCAUAAAAAUAAUUUAGAAAGCCAGCUAAUAUUUGACUAGCCAAAGAUGCUCAUAGUGGGCUUUUUAUCGUAAAUUAGUAUAUAAAAGAUGAACUAGAACACAGUAAGUCAAGUUUGGCACUUGAAAUCCAAGCCAGUCAAGUUCAAAAUCCUUUAUUUUCACUUGCUACCAAAUCUAUCAAACCUCUGAAGCCUAAAAAGGGGUUUACAGAUAUCAAUUCGAUAUCUUUCAAUGGAGAUCCUCAGCUAUACAGUAAAAUUACUUUUGUAAAUAAUGACCCUGAAUCAAAUUUUUUUCGUCUACUUAAUCAUGCUUAUAAUUCUCGUCAACCAAAAGAGCACACAAUUCUAAAGCCUGCUUUUAGCCUCGCUGACGUAAAUCAGCCAAAAGUAAUGCGUCAGUACAUCAAUGUUUUUCAGUCACAUAUAAAGAGUGAUUUGAAUUUUUCAAUUUCCAACAAGACUCACUAUAAAAGUAAAGAGCAAUAUUUAAAAGCGUUCAAAAACCUUAGGAAAAGUGUUGAAACCUCUCAAAAACCACCAAAAGAAAGGCAAAAGAAUUUUUUAAGUAAAUCAUUUAUUACUCAUCCCCAGCCACUGUACAGAAAAAGCUUAAGCGAAACCAAAAUUAAAAUGCCUUCAAUUCAAAAAAUCCCCACCAAACUUUUCACUCAAGAACCCCUUAUCCCUUCCAAUCAAAAAUCAUUAAUUCCUCCAGUUCGCAGGUCUAAGCGAGAUUUAUCACUUUGCUCUUGGACAACUGACCAUACACCUGAGUCCAAGCAUAAGCAUGCUAACUCUCAUCUAGUAAAUAAUUAUAAGUUCCCUUAA